CUUGGAGUAGGCUACCUUUUUAGUUAGUUCCAGAUGUUAUGAGACCGCACAUUUUCUUAUCAGUGGUUAAACCUCGCCACAAAGUUCUACUCAUGUAACUCCAUAUAUUUGUCCCUGUUGGUGACUUAUGGCGGCCGCCGAAAGUUCUAAGGCCCUAUCUCUUGGAGACAUUUUUGAACAAGGGUUUGUUUUACAUUGUGAGAUAGAAGAUGACGAUGGAUCGAGCACCUCGGAGAUAUUUCAGGUAUUUUUACAUUCAUUCUGAGUUGUAUGAUUAGUGUAUUUUUACAUACUACGUUUGUUUGGAUUUUCAAUUUUGUGCGUUGCGGAAUGAAGUCGUGGACGUUAUUAAAAUUAAGUACAGGGCUACAAUCAAAGUGACGCUAUGAUGAACUCGUAGAUAUAUUGUGCAGAAUAUGACAAGAAUAUGUACUGAUUAUACUAGAAUUCAAUGGUACUGUGUUCCCAAGAAACAGAAUCGAGCCAUUGGCAACUGAAGGGGGUUAGGGCAACCCACUCGGUUAGUAGACCGAAUGAAGAAAAUAAUUAAAUCGAUAUCCCCCUGACAGUAGCUUUAUUCAUUUUGAUAUAUUACUUAUACUACAGUAAUAAAGAAUACUUUGCCUAUGAUAUAUUAACCCUUCAACUCCUAGGAUCUGAAUGUUAAUUCUCCCCUCUAGCUGGUACUAAUUUCCUUGUUAAAUUUGGUGUUAGAUCAAGAUAAAAACCUCUUCCUGAAAAGUCUGAAUAUUCUCAACACCUGUUCGUUGGAUAAUGUAAGGAUGUUAUAGGGAGAUGCUACAAGUAAAUCACUUCUGGGAGUUAAAAGGUUAAUGCAACAAAAUUUGCAUAUUGAAUCUCUGUACCACUACUUCAUAUGCCUCGCAUAUCCACAAGGAAAAAGGUCUGCAGUGAAAUGCCCAGGAAGUACCCUCAACGACAAAGCUGUAAUUUUUAACCUGAGAAGAUUACAACCUACUGUAUUUGAAACUUUUAGUAGUUAACAUUGUGAUCAAUAGAUCUGAGAAGUUGUUUUCAGAUGUGUGAGAAAGUUCCCCAGAGAGGUAUCCUUAAACGCUAAUUUUAUUAAAUUAAUUGAAUUUUGUCUCAUGUUUUAAAAAGGGAAAACAAGUGGGUUCAAAACACAAUGAGGAGCCUUUAAAAACCUUUAUGAGGAAUCAGGAAAUUUUUACACUGUACUGCAUCACACAGAUGACACUUUUAUUUCCCUCCUUUGUGGAGGCUGGUGGUAUUGAGUUAUUUCAUGUGUUCUUGAUGGAUCAACUGAUACUGUUUCAUUCAUUUUUUCUGUGUAGAAGAAGGUCAGCACUGCUGUAGAUCACUUUGUUCGUGCCACAGAAAUAGUCAAUGGUUUGGUUUUGUUCAGUGGAAAUGAAGAGUUGUCUGAGGUUCCAACUUCUGAGUUAAGGUGAGUGUAAGGUUAUGGGGACUGUAUUUGGUGCAGGAGUUUGACUCAUCAGGAGUUGAGAACAGUACAGUUAAUAACUUAGAGCAAGUGGGAACUGAUUGUGAUUAGAGUUAGUGUGAGAUAUGAGUCAGUUAUCUCUAUAGAAUCAAGGCAUUUGAAACUAUUGAACCAUAAAUUUGUUACAAACUCUAACUUGGAUGAUAAUUACAUGUAACUACUACUCACCAAUUUGGAAUUGGCUAAUGGUGGAUAUAUCUGCUGCUAGCCACCAACACUGAGGUGAUAAUGUAGCACAAAAAAAGAUGAAUCUUAUUGAUUUUUUCCUGCAAUGAUUACAAUAUUUUCGGGCACAAAUCCUGUGCUCAUUGCUGGAAUAGAAUAUUAAAUUGCUGGAAUAGUAAAGUAUAUUUGGAGUUUGAAUAGCCAAUCAGAGCAUGCCUUCAAUGCCAUCUUAUCUUUUGGUAUAUACUAAAAAUUAUUAUCAAGACAUUUUUAGGCAGUAAUAAUGAUGCAUUCUCUCCUGUGGUACCAAGAUUUUGCUGUUAUUUUACUACCAAGUGCACAAUGUUAAAUAAAUGCCUUAAUAUUCUUAUUUCCUCAGAUAUCUAUUGUUACCAGCUUUUCUUGGUGACCUGUUUCUGAGGAAGAUUGAAACUGAUAGAAUGACUUUACUUAACAUUGCAAAGGUUUGUUUAUAUGAACCAUACACUGAAUUAUGAAAAAAAAAGAAAAAAGAGAGACUUGCUGACAAAUUCCUUCUUCACAAUUACUGUAUAGCCAUUAAUUCUAUGUGCAUCUUCUCAAAUAAAUAUGAUGAAUCUGUAAUUAUUGUUUCAAGAACAAAGCAAUAUUUCCUACAAAUUACAUUCCAUGUAAUGAAACUUACUAUCAGCACCCUAUAAGCAACUUAUUUAAGACAUUUGCUCAACAAUUGCAAUGGACAGAAUUACCCACAGAUAAAAACUGACCAGUCACAACCCACUUACACCACUUGAUUCUCAGCAAAUAACAUCAUGGCAAAAUGAACUGAUCAGUUUACACAAACCAAAUUUAUAACACUCAACUGACAACAACUUCUCACUUGACCCCGAUUAAAACUCUCAUUAAGUUUGUCAAAAUGUCAGUCACCACAACCAACAAGAGUCCUUCUCAGGAUUUCUCUCACUCAGAAGAUCAAAUUACACGAAUAAACUUAGCACUUUGUGUUUUCUUGCCUUAGGUUUACUUUAUUGACUUUCUUAAAAGAUGUAAAAAUUAUGGAGUAAAAGACAUGGUAAGCAUGAUAAUGUUACGUUUUGAUGUUUACAGUUAUUUUUACUUAAUACAUAACUUUAUUUCUCAGACUGUAAAUAGAGCUCUUUAAAUUUUAAGAAGGAUGUAGAUUGUCAAGUGUUUGCCUUUUAGUCAUGAUAUGUCUUUGAACUAAGCUUGGAAUGAUUUUUAAAAAUAAAAGUUCUCUCUGUCUUGGCACAAGGCUUUGUAUAUUUUUAGGACACUUGCCUUCCUCCUCCACAUUUCAGUAGGAUUAGAUAGCCUGCAGUUUUAUCAGUCAUUUACCUUGAUACAAUAGGGAAAUAAAUACAUGUAGUUUUAGUAUGUACAAUCAUACUAACUCUCCUGUAUACACUGUGUAAGGACCUCUCCAGAUACUAUGAAGAAACAGAUGAACCAAGAGUGGAAGAAAAAAGUAUCAAUCAAAUGGCAAACAGUCGUCAAGAAAAAAUAGCAAGAUACAAGGAACAAAAGGAACAAGAAAAAAGAAUAAAGGUUAAGAAUUCAGUAUUUUUUGUGUAGUAAUGUUGCAUACAAUUCUGGGGAAACUGUGCCAAAUUCCUGCACAAGGCAAGUUACUUUUGGUAUUUAGGGAAUGAAUAACAAUACUUAAUUAUUUUUUAAUAAGAAUUUUCAGUUUACUCUCAAACAAGCAAUGCAAUUUAGAUGCUUAUUAAGAAUUGAAUUCUCAUGGAAUAGAAAAAGGAACAGUAGUUUAUUGAAAUGGGUGUUUUCUCUUUGGUGAUACAGUGAAACUUUUAACAUUUGCUAGUUAUGGAAAUAAAGUAUAAUUGGUCAUCAAUGUUUGCAGGAACUCCAGAAUAUCCUUGGUGAGUCAUCCAGGCCUGUAACAGAUGAAGAUACUCAGGUGAUUGAAUUUACAAUUUAUGAUGCUCUGAUUACACUUUAACCCCCUUAACUCCCACAAGUGACCCAAUUUCUCCUUACAAUAUCAAAUACAAUAUCAAGCAGUCAUUUAGGUGAUGAAAAUAAAGAUAAAUAUCAAUUAGGGGACUGUUUGUUGAUCCAAAUUCUCAGAACUAAAAUCAUACAAAUUGUAUGGUAGACAUCAGGGAAAAUUACUAAAUGAGAUCUUAGGAGUAGAAGGGUUAAGUCUUAAAUAAUUAUCACUCAUUCUAGCUUUUUUUGUCCUUAUUACCUGCUUGUUCAAUUAUGUUUAUUAGGGAGAGUUAACAUAAUCACUUCUUCUAGUUAAGGGAUUAAAACUGCACUCUAACAUUACCUUUCUUUUGUGUGUUUUUUUUUUGUUCUUAUAUUUAAUUUGAAUUUUUUUGUAUUUCACAGAGAAGUUAUUAUGUUCUGCUCUUAAAGUUUUGGAUCAACAAAGUUGUGGAUCAUUUAGCAAGUCUUCAAAGUAAGUCUUGAUUUACAGAUGCAACAACUGACCGCUCAAACAGGCUCCUAAUGGGGCCAUGAAUGGUAGUUUACAGUCCAAAGUAAAGCAUUUUUUAAAAUGUUUCUGGUUCUCAUUACAGGAUUAUUUCCCACAUAAUAGUAAUUUAGUUUUAAUAGUACUUAGCACUAUAUUUGUUGAUAGAGGUGAAAGUGCAGGAAGAGAGUUGUUCUUGCCUUCUGUUUGCCAUCCAUAUCUUGAAAACAUGUGUGCCUAGGUUCUCUUUGAAAUUUUCCCACUUAAGAAAUUAAUAUGAAGAAGUGUAUUUGCAUACCUUGAGUCACUAAUCUCACUGUUUCAGGGUAGUUUAGACAAGAGUAGUGGAGGUUAGACUGUGUUUCUGGCAAUGGAAAUUUAGCUCUUUGAUUAUAUUUGAUGUACACUUAAUUUUGGCCAACAUACAAGUUUAAUUAAAUGCAUGUGUAGGCAACCAGAAAUUAUAAUUACAUUUUUAUGACCUUCACCAAUGCAUGCCUGCUCAAUAGAUGUGUCCAUUUUCUACAGGUUUGUUCGUGUGUUUUUGUGGGAAAAAUUAGCUCUUGUUGAGGGUGAAGUGUGCAGGUUCCUGUUGCUAUUGUAUUGCUGAUCUCUCCUUUGUACUUCUUUGAAAUUCACAGGUGAAGUGGAGAUCUUGAAACACAUGCAGACACUAAAAGGCAGAGAAGAUGACAGACCUGUAACCACAAAGGUUUGUCUGCCAUUGUUGCUUCCUUGUUUAGCUUUAAGUGAAAAACUGAAUUAGGCUGUUCAUCCUUCAUGGCUGGGAAUUGGGUAGAAGGGAUUGCAUUUAGUUUGUUCUAUAACUUCCCCUUUUUCUUGUUGUUGUGCCAUUUGAUGAAUUGAUGUACUGGUAAACAGUAUCUUCCAAAAUAAAUUAUUGUUCAUCUCUUGCCCAACUUUUUCUGAACUAGUUUCAUUCCAGUUUAUGGCCUGUCAAUUGUCUAUUUAUUGCUAGCCUCCACUUGUUGGAGGGAAGCUGUUCUUCCAAAUGAACGUAACUGUAUGAUUAUUAAAAUGGUGUAAAACUUUGAGCAUUCAAAAUUAAAUCGUACUAUGCACAGAUUUUACCAUAACUUUUGCAUAGCUCUUCAGUAUUUGUGGGAAGAUAAAAUCACCCUUCCUUCUUGUUGCUACAAUUAAACUGUAUCAAAUAAUUUUAUUUUAGCCUCAACAGAGCUUUAAACCAAUUCUGAUAACUAGGGAAAUGAUUAGGGUAAGUAAUGUUUUACUGCACUUGCUCUGCUAAUAAAGCUGGUAGAUAAUUCAAGGCUAUGUAAACUAAACUAAUGACCUAAUUACUGCCACUCCAUCAAACUCCACACAUCCUAUGAACACUCCCCUCUAACCUUCAAUCUUCUAAAUAUGCCUCCUUCUGAUGAAUACCUAGAGCCCAAUGAAAGCCAUUCCCCAAGGUUGACAAGGCUAUCAGGGAACCACAUGGCCUCUUGUGCAUUCGUGGUGAAGCAUGAAAAGAGUAUAAUUACAAGUGAUAUCAGUCCAGUCAUUCACAUUCUUGCUGAGUAAAAAGUGGUGUCACACCUGAAGCCUGCAAUAUGUAUUUGUUUCAGACCUUUUAGUUGUAAUUUCAUGCUAAUGAGUGCUUCUUUUACCAUCAGAACAAAGUCUUUGGGGCAGGGUACCCAAGUGUUCCUACCAUGUCACAGGAGGAAUUCCUAGAAAAAGAAAUUCUUGAGGGAAAAGUUGUGUUAGAUUACAAAGAGUGAGUCAUGUCUUUUGUUUGUCAUUGUUUACAACAAAUUUCAUGGGAAAGUUCUCCUAGAUUUCACACUGUAGGCCUCUAGGUUAGAUUUACAGUAUUAUGGUUCUCUAGCUUCCUUCAAUUUGGUCAAGUUCUUGUUAAUUUUUUUUUCCUCCUGCAGCUAACUUUAGCUAUGGCUUUUGAUGUACUGUGCCAAUGAUACAGUUGAAAGUUUUUAGUUUCCUAACAGAAACCUCUCCCUUGCUCACCCAUGAGUGAAAACUAAUUAUCAUCAGUUCCCAAUUUGGUGCUACUAGACAAGCAUCUAGCCAGCCCCUCACAAUAAUUUUUGAAGCCUUCAAGACCCUCAAGUGACAGAGUCAAUAGUAGCUAGAAUUCUCAGAGAAUUUCCAAUAAAACCACGUAAAACCAUGUAAUGACCUAAAUCUUGUUAAGAAAUCUUCCUGGAAAGUGCUUUGGAUUUCUGCUCUCAGAUUUAAACUUUCUUAACUGUUUCCUUCCUCAUUGUUGUUGUUACUAAGAACAUAGAUCUAAAGUUGAAAUACUAUUUCUGUGUGGUCCAGGGACCAAAUGAAGAAUAAGGGCAAGACAAGUGAUGAUGAAUCUGAAAGUGAAGAUGACCCUGUUAAGCUUCAGAAGAAAAGAGACUGGGAUGAGUGGAAAGAUGGUGAGUCUGUUGACCACUUAGCAAGUUAAAAGCUAAUUUGAAUCUAAAAACCUGUUUUCAAUUAGGAAACACAGGAAAAUAAUCAGUUAUCAAAAGGUGAACCACAACUUAACUUCAAGUUGUUAAUUUUAACUUCACACUAUGAUAGUAAAUAAUACUUUUUUUCAGACCACCGCCGUGGAUGGGGCAAUAGGGAGAAUAUGGGAUGAAGUGAUGGCAACAGAGGGCAGCAGAAGGCUCCCUUUUACCAGAGGCCUUCUCCUUGGUAUGCUUACCUUGAGCAAGAAGUGAGGGUAGCACCUGCUUAAGAUCAAGAUCUACUGGAAAAACCAAAUGAGAACCUUCUUAAGAGGAAGGUGGACUGCAUUUAACUGAAUCAGCCUGAGAAAGAGAAGUAAGAACUAAGUUUGUGAGAUUAUCCUCAAGGGAAGCCAUGCACACUGUAAUUCAAAAGACAGGCAGCAACAACCAAGAAUACAAGGAAGAAUAAUUAUUGUUCUUAGAUCGUUUGAACUAAAAGAUGCAACCCAUAAUUUGUUAUCAGCUUUUAAAUUUUUCAAGUAGAGAAAUCCACUUUAGCCAUUGAUGUGAUCUUGGCCAAAUAAAUAACAUACCCACAGACACAUCAAGUUCCAGCAUCAUAAGGUGAUUCAUUCUCAAAAUAAAUGUUCCUUUGCAAAGCUAUUUUUGUUUCCACAAAUACUACUUCUCUUCAAAUGUAACCAGUCCACCUCAGUUAAAUUUUCCAAUUUUUGUACAGCAAAACCAUCAAACUGCUUGUUUUUCCAGUUAUAAAUUGAAAAUGAUUUAGAAUAUGGCAACCCCAAAACCUUAGCACACAAGCCAUUGGUGAGUGGAAUAGUUAUGCUCUCACCUUAUGAUUUGUAAGGAAGGCCCACCCAGGAGUAAAUUUUGUGGAGACAUAUUGCUCCUUCAUGUAACUGGGACAUACUUAUGAGUAUGCUGCUUGAGACAUGUUGCUGGGACAUGAAUCAGGGACAGAGCAGAAGUAACUGUAGCAAGGACAUUUUGUGGUAAACAGUCCAGUUUUGGCACAUCAGUGUUAAGCUCCACAAUGUCCUUGCCACAUGUCCCCUACACAAAGGGAAAUUCACAGGAAAGUAACAUGGAAAGUAUCAAAUUUUUCUAGGCUGCACUCAGUUGUAAAAAAUUUUUAAAACUUAUUUUCAAUUUGCCAAGAUCAGUUUUUGUCUUAGUUAAUCCACUUAGACAAUCAGAGUGACAUUUUACAAGUUACUUUCAGAGGUAAGCAAACAGUGCAGCUUAUAUGGGUGUUACUCCCCUACACAAGCUUCAAAAUUAUGUGUCACCCCAAAAAUUAUGAUUUAGGAUGGUUCAGGUAUGAAAUUAAACGUCUUUCACCAUUAUGGUAUUGAAACACAUGUGGUAUUCAAGAAUAUCCUUUAAGGAUAUUUUUUUUCAGCUUAAAAUAAAGAGUAGAGGUAAAGAAGAAGCCAAAAUAUUUUUUGUGCUCUAGAAGGAACUUCAGAUCAAGAUGAGUUCAAAUCUGUUUGAUUUGAAACUUCCAUUUUUCUGUUGAUUUGUGUAGAAUGCGCUCGGGAAAGAAGGAGUCGUGUCUUAGAGUUUACAUCCCUUCUCUCCCCCCAGUGUGUUCCCGAGAGCCUUAGCAAUGGGCAUAGGCUGCUUUUGGAAAAUGUGUAGGGAGAAAUUUUCUAUCAAAGCACCUUCAGAAGAGCUGAUAUCCCAUCAAGGUACCCAAUGUAGAUAUUUACUGGGACUGGAAACAGAUAACUGUAAAAGGGGAAGGAAUUGUUCUAAUUUCAUCAACAUUGAUCCCCCAUCCUCGAUUCCCGAUUUACAAAUUGUUCAGUGCUGACUUUCCAGGAAACACCAUUACUUCCUCGUUAUUUCUUGCUCCAAUCAUUUCGCUAAGCAAGAUUCUGUGUAACCUCAAACAACAUGCAUACAAUUCUUUGAAGAAAGGAAGGAAAACGAUGGCGAAAAGUUUGCCAUUGGGAGUAAUGCAUAGAAAUUGGGAGUAAUGCAUAGAAAGAGUACUGGGAGUAACGAGUGGUUUGGAGAUCUUUCCCAUCACUUUUUUAACGAUGAAAUUUUUCCACACAGUCUUAAGUUCCUCUAUUUCAGUAUCCAACUGAAAGUAAGAAGGGCCAGCAUGCACCACCGUCACUGACUAUACCGUGUAUAUCUGUCGCUUGACUUCGCCUAGCGGUAACAUAUCCAUUCGAAAAUACGUUCUUAACUGCAAUUUUCAUCUGUAUGCUAUAUGCGUGGCUCAUUAACCAAGAGCACAAGCACAGGGUCACUUCGAUCACUCUUAAAAUGGCAUUAUGGGGUUGUUUUAAAGCAUGACUAAACUGAAUGACUAAACCCCGGCUGAAAUUCCGUAGAACCCUUACAAUUCCAAAAGAAAGUAUUACUACCAAAGGCUGGGUAAACUAUUGUUUUCGCUAUUGUAUUAUAACGAGAUAUGAGGUGGAACACGGAAGUUUUGCACUGAACUGGGCUACAUAUCAAUAUGAAAGAGAGCUGGACACUACUCUACCCAGACUCUCUCAGGUAGAGCUUAUUUCCCUUCGUUUUGAGUGUUUUCGUCUAUAUCAGAUCGUUUUCCGUGAAUUGUUAAGUGGAAAAGGUAGCUUCAGUAUGUCGAAGGCUCCUCCAGGUUGGUCAAGCAAACUUUAUUGACUUUAGUUCAAAUUUUAGCAACAAAAGUUAUUCUUGUUGUGCUUUUUGGAAGGACAAAUCUUCUGCUUUCUUUGCUUAUGUCAUACUGCGUAAGCUUUUUAAUUAGCUUAGUUGACAAUAUGCUAACCUUUUUGUCAUUUUCGAACGAAGGUUGAUUGAAGCAUUGAUGCUAGGAGGGAUAAAUCUAGGAGAAAAGGGGAAGGAAUACUGUUGUUCCUUAGGAGUUGAUAGUUACACGUGAUACAAUGAUUGCACGAUACAGAGUCACUAAUUACAUUCUGCCAAUUCAUUUAAUUCAACGAAAGGACGUCAUAGUUAGCAUAACAUGAGAUCUGCUAAUGGCGAAAAAUUCCUGUUUUGUCUACAUGAGAAGAUUUUUUCUGUGAUUUCGAAACAAGCAAUAUGCAAUUCUCCCUAACACAUCAGUAAGUGGUAUGCGUCUAGCAAGGAUUGAGAUCUGAAUAGGUUAGUCUAAGCUUGCUAUAGAACUGUGUACUCGCUCUUAUAAUUCCUCAUAAUGCGUAGAGCGAAAAAUAAGUUUCCACAAAGAUAGAGCUCUUUCAGCUGAAUGACAUACUCCAUUUGCUAAUCAAGUAUUUGGGUUUUUCUGUGAGAAAUGUAGCAAAAGAGGACAUACUUGUUAAUCACUCCUUGUCUGAAUAUAAAAUAGGUUACCAUAGGUAAUGGAAAAUCUUGUAGGGGAAUUCUGUGUAAUAGCUGUUGAACUCUCUCAUCUCUGAAGGUAAUCAAAACCCCAAGUAACAACUAGUACUCUUUGUAUCGAGACUGUCUCAAAAUAUCUAUGUACAAAUGAUCUACUGUAUAGCUUCUUUUCUAUGUAAUUUGAUAUGGCAAAAGAUUUGAAAAUAUUAAAUUUCCUUCCUUGUUAAGAUUUUAUUCUUUGGGUAGAAAUUUCCUAAAACUACCUUCUAGAGGUAGAAUUUUCAGUGUUCUCUGACUGCUAAUGAUUGUUCCUUGGAAAAACAUACAAAAAAAUUGCCAUUCUAAAAUGUGAAAUGCUGUAAAAUUUCUAUGCUGUAUAUACAGUAAUGUGCAUUCUUAAAAGUUCAGUAAUUUAGGCCAAGCAAAGUUAUCAACUUUAAACAUGCUUGUAGAAAUUUUAAUACUUUCAUAGGAAGCUAAUAUUCUCACACCAAACACUGUCAUUUCAUUUGCACCACUUACAUAUAAUUAGAGGUCCAUUUUCAUAAAAUUAACAAAGAAAAAACUUAUUUACAUAUUUACUUAAAAAAAGACAGCUGCAACAACUGUUAUAUAUUAAUUGUUAAGUUUGUGAAUUGGCAUUCUACCAGUUUAAGGUCACCUUUGUACAGGUUGAUGUAACUCACUAAGGACCCUCCAUUCCACAGUAAAUGUCUUUUUGCAUUUACUUAAUAAGAACCUUGUAUCCAGUUAAGUGUACUGCAAAAAGGUGCAGCUUAUCUUGAAUUUAGGAAAUAAAUGAAGGAUAACAAACUGUCAAACUUCCUUCUUAAAUUCUCUUUUUGUUUUGAUGGCAGGAAUGGCUUUGUAGAGGUAUCCUAAAAACCAAAAUAUCCUAAAGCAGUUUGAAUGAAUCUGUGAAAAUGUAUAUUUCUAAUCUCUAAUAGAAAAGACAAAUCACAAAAUAGUUCAUAAAAAAUUCCCAUCCAAAUACUGUAAAUGGCAAAUAUAAGGAUUUUUUUCCCUAUAAUUUGGUAGGUUCAUACCCAAAGCAGGGUGCAGGAUACCCAACUCAGCAGCCAGCAUACCCAACCCAACCUCAGCCCAUGCAGUAUCCACUGCAGGGACAGUUUGCAAGUGCUGCUGCAGGUGGACAAAUGUAUGGUGUCCCACCUCCUCCAUACAGCGAAAUGCCAAUAUCAGGACAUGCCCCCCAACAAGCUCCUAGUGGAAUGUACAAUGUAAGUUGACAGUCAAUGGUAAUUAUAAUACCUACCAAUGUUAAACACCUAUGAAAAUUAGGUUUUUGAAACCUAAUAUUGUAAGGUUGAGUUCUGGGGUAGAGUUGACUUUGUUUACUCCAUGAUAUGUAUUUUUCGUGCUUUGGUGAUCUGUUAAGUUUCCUUGAGGUGAAGUUUAGUGCCUUCCAUUAUGUUAUUUCAUGUUGCACUACCCUCAUUAAGUGUUAACAUUUUGAAGCAAGAAUUUUUUGGAUGUUUAUCAUCAUCCCUGAGCCUGUCAGACCUUGUGGUGACAUAAAAUUCUGGUCUAUACAGCUGUGAACUCCAAACCACGAGUUUUUCAAUUGUAAAACUGUAAGCUUAAGUGUUACGUACAUCACAAGGAACCGGAAAAUGGAUUUAACCUCACUCCUUUGAAGCUAAACAUGAUCUUGUUGACGUUGAGUAUUUUACUAGACUGAUAAUUACAUUGAUGCAGCAGGGUUGGCCAGGUUUCUCUAAAUCAUUAAUAAAUUAACAUCUAAAUAUUUAAUAUAUUAACAUCUAAAUAUUUAAUAUAUUAACAUCUAAAUAUUUAAUGAAUUAACAUUUAAAUAAUAAAUUGGUCUUGAAGAUGCAUAGUUAACUUAUCAACAAUUCUUAGGAAUUUGAAGAAAGGAAAUAGGUGAACAUGAAAUAGUUGGGAAACUUUUCUUAUAUUUUUUAGUUAAGCAAUAUGUAGAAGAAGGUCUGACGUAGAAGUCUGUUAUGAGAAAUUACCAUAUAUGUGUUACAAUGAUAUCAAGAUUGCCACCAGUACAUUAUAUAUGAUGUGAUUUAAAUUUUCCCUUGUUUUAAAUUUUUGAAACCAAUUUGACUUUUAACAUCUCUUGUUUUAGAUUUCAGUAUCAUAUCAAACCUGUAUUAAGCAGCACCAUGUUAGGCAGUCACCCUGCAUCAAGCAGUGGUUGUUUAAGCCAUGAAAUUGUUUCCCUUUUAGUACUGUAAUAUUCACCUCUAUUAAGCAGUCAGGCCUAUUAAGGGGUUGUGGUCACUCAUACUUAGUCCUAGAGGUGGUUUGUAUUGUUCUCCACCGGUAUAAAACAGUAGAAUAAUCUUUCAAGUAAAAUUUGAUCCAUCUUUAUCUCCUAAAAUCUGUGUAAGUAGUAUUUUUGAGCAAGUUUUUAUAAAUUAAGUAAUCAAUUAUGGCAAAACAUGGAGAUUUCCACAAUUUUUUAUAAUACUCCUAUUCUGUGGAAUCUGUAUCAAGCGGUCAACCUGUAUUAAGUAGGCUCAUUGUCAUUCCCCAUGGCCAACUGCUUAAUACAGUUUUGAAUAAAAGAAAAACAAAAAUAAAAUUGAAUUUGGUCUUCAAAAUUUUAAAUCAAGGAAAGGUUCAAACCAAAAUAUACACAGUAGAUAAAAAAUAGCAUACACUUUGGUGUAGACUUGGUUAAUAGAGUUUAAUAGACUUUUGGUUGUAUCCUCACUGAUUUUGUUUUAUUUAUCUUAUGAAGCCUCAACUGCAGAUGCAGCAGUAUCCUGGUAUGACUGCUGGAGGACACUAUCUCAGGCAACAGUAUCCUGUGGGACAAUACCCUGCACAGGGUCCCCCACAACAACUGGUCCAUGGUGCCUUUGACCCAGGUGCAAGGUUUGGACCUGGAUCAUCAGUGAAUAUUCCA